AUGGAGUACAUGACUAUUGCUAGGUGUCAGGAGUCUCGGGCAGUAACCACAGAACACUUGCAUGCCCUGGCGUGGCUUCAUGUUCAAGGAUCAUUGGUAGUAACGAGUCCUUGUCAUUCAAAAGCAUAUAUAUGGAUGCCUGGAAAGUGUUCUGACUUGACUAUACUUAGGGCUGACGGCCCACCACCACCGUCGUGUCCCCUCUCGCUCCUCCUGCUCUCCCGUCUUCUUGCACCAUCAAUUCAGUCCUUUGCUCUCCGGUCUAGAGCCGACUCGAGUCUCCCUUGCCCUGAGUCCGUCUUAAUUCCGUUUCGGUCGCCACAGCCCGGUUUGUCCAGAAGUCUGUCGUCGGUCGGAUAUGCCCUCUACACCCUCCAGAUGAUCUAAUAUCCGCUCGUUGCCGGUCAUCUUGCCUCCCUCUCGUUAAUGGAGAAGAGAGUCUAAACUCGU